UGGCCAGAAUCAACUGCUCUUUACAUUAAUGAUAGAAAACAUCGGGUUAAAACUCAUAGUCGCUCGAUAAACAAUGAAAGGAACACUCGUAUGUCCAGACAGUUGGCAAAGAGAGCACCUUUGUUGAAAAAUUAUGACUCAACAUCUCUUCAGCCCACAAGCGACAGUGAGUGCGAUCAUGAGAUUGAUGUUUAUAUAUUGAGUUUGGAAACCAUUCUUUUAAAGAUUCGGUUCCCAUCUCGUUCGAUGUGCAUUCGGAUUUCGGAUUUUCUUUGUUUAAGAGAGGGAGCUUUAUUGAACGACGUAAUAAUAGAUUUUUAUAUUAAUCACAUAGCCGCGCAUCUUUUGCCCGAUGACUCGGUUGAUCAGACCAGUCAAAAAAAGUACCCUGAUUUUCACUAUGAUGAUAGAAGUCAAGUAGAUUAUUGGUUGGAACAAGAGGACGUCUUCGAUGCUGAUUUUCUAGUUCUUCCAAUAAACCAUAAUCAGCACUGGUCUCUUGUGGUAGUUUGUUCUCCGAUGUUAUCUAUAAAAAACAGUUACGAGUCGAACACGCAUGAUUCGUCUUUGUCACCACUGUUGAUCAUAUUUGAUUCUCAACAACCAGUGGAUGCUUCAUUAAAGUCGAAUAUUUUGUCAACGAUGCAACAGUUUCUCGAACUCGCGUUCGCUCGUAGGUCGUCUACGCUUAGUGGAGGUCGUUUCAGAAGUGAUUGUUUUAAAUGUGUGAUACCAAAAAAUCUUCCUCAGCAAAAAAAUAAUGUUGAUUGUGGAAUAUAUAUCUUGGAAUAUGCGCGAAGAUUUUUGCUUUCUCCUCCGCCAAUAGAUUGUCUUCAAUCGGAAGUCUUCGAUUUCUUAUCUUUUUAUCCGGAUUUUGACGUAAGUGAUAAACGCUGCGAAAUACAACAUACGGUUUUGUCUCUGUGUUCUGAUUACGAAAUUUGGAGGAAUCUUUUGAACACUGUGGAUGUGCCUUUUGAAUACAGAAGUAUCCCUUUGCAUCUUCAGUUCUUGAAAACUUGUCAUCUUUCAGCAUAG